UGCUGUCAGUUUCUGUCAUUUCGUGUGUCAAAAAUGUAAAUCGAAUUUCCGCGAUGAAGGGAAUUGCGGUUGUUUUUUAAUUUUUUUCUUACUGUAACUUAUAAUACAAUUCUAUUCAAACAAAAUGAAAGAAAAAUGGAAUUUUAUUUUGUAUUUAAUUUGGUUUUCGUAUCUAGUGUUGUCGGCAGUCCUUAUGUUCGGGCAUGGUUUCCUCUUGUCCCGGAAAACCCUGAGCGAUGUUACUGAAUGUGUGCCUUUGGAGAGAUUUGACUGCAAUGGACGAGAGAUAGGAAACUCCAGUGUGGUGCAGAAGUGCAGUGAGGAUGAGAAAAUAAAACGUAUUUUGUUGAUACCUGGUGCUCCGCUAGCGUGCGCGCCGUCGCGGUCUAAAGUUGUAUUUUUGCUUGUGGACGCGUUGAGAUAUGAUUUUACGGAAUAUGACGAGAACCUCGAGAAGCCCCUGGCUUACCAGAACCGGCUGUCAGUCAUGCAUCGGGUUCUUACUGAGACGCCGGAGCGCGCGCGCCUGUUCCGCUUCAUGGCAGACCCGCCUACCACGACAUUACAGAGAGUAAAAGCCCUCGUCACCGGUUCUUUACCUACAUUCAUUGAUGUGAGUUCGAAUUUUGCUGCCAUGGAGUUGCAGGAAGAUAAUGUCAUUGACCAGGUAACAAAGGGUGGAGGCAAAGCCGUACUGCUGGGAGAUGACACAUGGUCUCGCCUCAUGCCGGGGAGAUGGUUGCGCUCACAUGCACUCUACUCAUUCCACACUUGGGAUCUGGACACUGUUGACACAGAAGUGGACUCGAAGAUAUAUGAUGAGCUCAAGAAGAACGAUUGGAAUCUUCUCAUUGCUCACUAUUUGGGAGUUGACCAUGCUGGGCACAGAUAUGGUCCAAAUCAUCCAGAGAUGACACGGAAAUUGGAUGAAACAAACAAGAGACUAGAGAGAAUUAUAGAGACAUUACCUCCUGAUGUGUUGCUGUAUGUAGUUGGAGAUCAUGGCAUGACUGAAUCAGGUGAUCAUGGAGGGGAGAGUAAGGCUGAACGGACUGCUGCCUUUUUCGCAUAUAGAGGCGCCGGACUUAGUGGCGACGGGUUACAUGUCCUAAACGGUAGUGAAGUCCAACAGACUGAUUUAGCAGCGACUAUGAGCGCGGCGUUUGGUCUGCCGCCGCCUGCGCCUUCCCUUGGCAAUUUGUUGUUACCUGUCUUACCGAAGAUGUCUGUACCUCAGACGUUACUGCAUCUGAGUAACAAUUUGAAACAGGUAUCUCAUUACCUUGUGCGCUACGGAGAAGAAUCACAGCAAGUAUCGCUUGAUAGACUAGCGCAGCUUAUCAACGAGACGAGAGAACAAAUAGACAAAGCUGCGAGUGUCGUGACGGACGAUGACCUCGUUAAAUACAUUGCCGAUGUCAAGAUUCUAAUUGACAAUGUACGGAUAAUAUUCCGCGAAGUUUGGGUGGAAUUCGAUUCGCUAUCGAUGCUAAGAGCUCUCUUGUUACUUCUACUAGCGAUAUUCUUCAACUGGGUACUCACAGAAGGCAUGCCCAUGGACCGACUGCCCAACAUUUUCGCCAGCACAUUUGUCCCGUGCGGUCUUAUUUCUAUGGCAGUGUGCAUAGGGGUUUGCUACACAGGGUUUCAAUUUCAUCUCCUUGAAGACCUUGAACACGCUAUUAUAUUGAGCACGGGUUUGGUAUCGGGCACUAUCGUUUUCGUGUUGGUGUUACAGCAUUGGGAUGGUAUCACUCAAAGAUGGUACGAAAGCCGGUCGCAGUUUUAUGAGAGAUUCUCGCGCGCCGCUCUGAUGGCUUCGGCAGCAGUCCUUGCAUCUAACAGUUACAUUAUUGAGGAAGGAGCUGGCCUCUCUUUCCUGACAGUGUCCGUGCUGGGUCUUAUGGCGUGGAAUACCGGCAUGAUCAAGGCGCUUGGGUUUUGGGUAGCUACAGGCGUAGUCCUAGCAAUAAGCAGAUUAUAUCGUGGGUGUCGAGAAGAACAGGGGGAUUGCUGGGUUGCUGAAGGUUCUGGCGUGUCCGGACAAGCAUCUAGAGGGGCUUUAGUGGUAGCGUUAGGGGCCACAGCUGCCGUAGUGGCUGUUGCUAGAAGGCAUGUAGGAUGGCGCGGCCACGGCGUUGUAUUCGCUGGUUUAUUCGCGUGCGCUCAUUGGGCGAUCGGUUGGGGUGUUUUAGGGUCUCUUAGUCGCUCACGACAGUUAGCUCGAGGUUCGUGGCUGGUAAUUGGGUCUAUGUUCGUGUUACUAUGGAGAAGAGAGGGUGGCGGUGCAUUACUACCUUUGACUGUGUGCGGGUUACUACUGUAUGUAGCGAAUUGCUUAGUAUUGGGUGCGGCGUUAGCCCCAUCCGCCGCUCUUGCGCUGCUGUCUGGAUUCCUAGCUAUAAAUAUCGUUUCUCUUCUCAAAAACGAUGGAUCAUCGAAAUUUUCUUUAUCGACACGGUGCAGUUCAAGCGUGGCUUGUAUGUGGGCUUUGCUCGCCUCGUACCAGUUCUAUGGCACGGGUCACCACGCCACGCUGGGCCACAUACGGUGGGCGCCUGCUUUCCACGCAGGCGAUCCUAACUAUUUGCCUAUUGGCCCACCCAUAACUGGUGCUCUCGUUUCUCUUGAACUCUUUGGUAUGCCGUUCAUGUUCGGCGCGGCGGUGCCGCUGCUGGCGCUGUGGGGCCGCAACGGAGCGUCGUCGCUCGGCCCGCGCACACAGCUGGCGGCGGUGUUCUCACUGUGCCUCAAGUUUGCACUUUGUUUUGCUAUUAGGGUAUUCGCGUGUGCAUUAUCAGCGACAAUACACUGCCGUCAUCUUAUGAUAUGGGGUGUGUUCACCCCGAAGCUGUUGUUUGAGAGCGGCGCGUGCGCAUCCGCGCUUCUUGGCACGGUGCUCGGCGCGGCGCUAGUCGCGUGGCAUCUCCCCACGCAGCAGCGAUCAAGUUGACAUAAACGUUGUAAUUAAAGAUAUAAAUAGACUGGUUUUUAUGUGGGGUCUCGAGGUUAAUGUUGAUUUUGAUAUUAGAUAAAAAAAAAACGUUAAUUUGUGUCAGAAUUAGAAAAACGUUGUAAUUCCGUUGUAAAUGUCGUUUUAUGUGCAGGCCUGGUGUUUCAGGUGAGCGAUAUACGGUCGAAAUUAAAACGAUCUUAAUCGAUAUUUUUUACAUCGAUUGCAUCGAUCGAAUAAAGUUUGUGUGCAGUAGGGCCGUGUCCUAAGAUAUAUGCGCACUAGCUUUUUGGGCUCAAGUCAUGAGUUUACUGAGACUUGUGAACACGCGUUUGUACCACAUUACAUUUGCAUCGAUAUUAUCUUGAAGUCUAUAUUGUACGUCUACCACAGAAAGGAAAAACGCGCGUUGCCAGUUUGUUAUAAUACGUGUGCAUAUACGCAUUUGUAAGUAUGUACAUACAUAAUUAAAAUUUUCUUCAUACCUAGUUUAGGAACUGUUCUCCAAACAAUGGCUUCGAGAUCCCAUGGUUUUACGCUUCCAAAUACAUUUAUUAAGUCGCUGGCUCACUAUUACAAGGUACUGUUAUAUUUUUUGCACAUUUUUUUACAUGGCUAUAUUUGUUAGCCUGAUAAAGGUCGGCUUAUAUAUAAACACAUCGGUUUUUUGGGUGAGCGCUUUAGGCUCUUGCAACCCUUUGAAAUUAAGUGACAAUGCAAAGAGCAACCUGGACGGCUACUGAGAGAGGAUGGGGAUCAACGAUUAUGGGAUGAAACAAACUAUGUAUCCAUUAUCGUUAUUCGUCGGCAUGCGGACUGGAACUUUAUGGAAAUAUUAUAGAACGGUCGGUAGGAAGGAACUGCGCUUUGGGGAGUGUAUGAGUUUUAGGUACUCGUUCUUUCGGCGAAUAGCCAGGGUGAUAUUGUCCUCUGAUUCGGUUUCAACUGAACGCGACCAUUUUCAUUUAGCGCGGUUGAAUGGAAUGUAGAUCAAAUAAUUCACAUUUCUGUCUUUUUCAGUAAUUCCCAAAGUCAAAUAAAAGGGUACUUUAAAUGAAAGUCUUCAAAUGUUUACCAACCUUAAAAAUAAAUAAUAUAAUUCUUCCAACAUACCUAAAUAUUAAUAUAAGGCCUUGUAAUAGUAAGCCGGCGAGAUAGCUUUUGAGAUUGUGCAGGUUUUUUACGUCUGCAAACGUGUUAAAGACAUAUUGAUGUUGUUUUAUAUUGGAUUGUUGUUUGUGUGUAUUAUGGAUUUAUAUUUACGUUACUUCGGAUCCGUUCAGUUUGGUUGUAUUUGAAUUGUAAAUUGUGUGUAAUUAUGUGCUUGUUCACUGCGGUAUCGUGUUAAAAAAUGUUUUUAAUCAUUGGUUAUGGCUGAUAGCAAUUUUGACCAUAAGUUAGAUCAGAUUAGAUGUUUUGAGGGCUUGUUUAUCGAGAUCUUGGCUACAAAUAGAGUAUUGCAAUUUCGGGACCAUUCUAUCCACAUACGAAUAAAAUAUUUUAGAUGAAGAUUGAACAAGUCAUUUUGUUAGAUUUUAUAAUUUACGACCUCUAUGUCCUAUGUUCCUUAGUCAUUCAUCGCAGCUACCGACUCGUGCAUAAAUAAUUUUAUAAUUUUCACCCAGUGAAUUGUACCGUCCGAAACUAAUAUACGAUACUGCAGCGAAAAUGCUUUGGAGUUUUUUACUUUUUGACCUUUUCGUGCCUAAAAUGCAGGGAUUAAAAUACGCAAAUUUUACUUUCCUUGCAUUAUUUUAACUAUAGUGGUAAACUAUGCAAUAAAUAAGCACUGCCGUUGUAAGUUGUUAUAUGUGUUUGCGGAAGAAUGAUUGCAGUCGGCAAUAAACAAUUUCCAGUUCUAAAAGAGAAUCGGUUACUUUACGACGAACUCUCGUGUGAGCGAUACAGACGACUCAAUGACGUCACAACUAAGCUAUUAUCUCUUUCUAAAGGCAAUGUGUGCAUUCUUUGCCGACUAAUGUCUAUUACUAUAUUACAAUGAUUAUUGCCGAGCACUGUAACCUUGCAUUUACACAGUAGUUAGGCUUUUAAAGUGUUCACUUUACUGUAGAUAUUGUACAUUGACAGCUUAUGCAUUUAAUUUUGUUAUAUAUAGGAAAUAUUUGUGUGUUUUAAACAACCAACGAUGUUUUUUUAAACAUUGUUUUAGUGUUACUGGAAAAAAACUUGUACCUUUCCACCAAAUUCCUGAGUCUGGCGCUGUCAUUACCCUUUCUGUGAAAUAAUGUAGAAUAGCGGAUAUAUGUUCAGUAUUUUUUAAUUUAUCAUAAAUUAUUUUAGAAAUACGUCAUAGUUAGAAUUUAUUGAAAUAUGCAUAGACGUUUAUAUGUUUGAAAUUGAUGUGAAGUCGGUUUGUAUUAUUUGAAUUAAAUAUUAUUUAAUUUUAA